AUUCCUCACCGCGAGGAGGGACCAUUGCUAUGGAAACCAGAGCGCGGGGCAGCGGGGGAUUGUGGCUCCCGGAUGGUGACCGAUCUUCUCUCUCCCCGACACCCUCGCCCGAGGCUUCGGGCGCGGUUGCUUCCUGAACGAACCUGCCCUCCCGCCCACGGGAGAGAGUUUUCCAUGGCACAGCCCAACAGAAAGAUGUAGUCCUUGUGCCUCACUGGCUGCUGACCCACUGGCCUAAUGACAGCACCCCUGUGUACGUUUCCGGUUCAGUUCCGGCAGCCCUCGGUCAGUGGCCUCUCACAGAUCACCAACAGCCUGUAUGUCAGCAAUGGGGUGGCCGCCAACAACAAGCUCAUGCUCUCCAGCAACCAGAUCACCACAGUCAUCAACGUGUCGGUGGAAGUGGUAAAUACCUUAUACGAGGACAUCCAGUACGUACAGGUGCCUGUGGCCGACACACCCAUCUCGCGUCUCUGUGACUUCUUUGACCCCAUUGCUGACCACAUCCACAGUGUAGAGAUGAAGCAGGGCCGCACGCUGCUGCACUGUGCUGCUGGCGUGAGCCGCUCAGCUGCCCUCUGCCUGGCCUACCUCAUGAAGUACCAUGCCAUGUCCCUGCUGGACGCCCACACAUGGACCAAGUCAUGCCGGCCCAUCAUCCGACCCAACAAUGGCUUUUGGGAGCAGCUCAUCCACUAUGAAUUCCAGCUGUUUGGCAAGAACACCGUGCACAUGGUUAGCUCCCCUAUGGGAGUGAUCCCUGACAUCUACGAGAAGGAGGUCCAUUUGAUGAUUCCACUGUGAGCCUGCCAGCACCCCCCACACCUCUGCACCCAGGUCAGAG